ACGAGCGGCGCGGCUUCCCCUGCCGCGGCCCGCUCCCUGCAGUUCCCGCGGGCACGCCUGUAAGGCAGGCUGAGGCCGAGGCUCGAGUGGCGGGAGUAAGAGGAGGGAGUGGGGAGCCUGAUUUCAGGGCAGUGGAAACUGGUGGAGGAACUGCGUGGAGGACUGGAGGUGGCGGGGCCCCGCGAGGCCGCGAUGAAGCCAGGUCGCGAGGACGAGGCGGCGCCCGCCGGGGGCCCCUGGGAGGAGUGCUUUGAAGUGGCGGUGCAGCUCGCGCUGCGGGCGGGACAGAUCAUCAGAAAAGCCCUUUCUGAGGAAAAGCGUGUCUCAACAAAAACAUCAGCUGCAGAUCUUGUCACAGAAACAGAUCACCUUGUGGAAGAUUUAAUUAUUUCUGAGCUGCAGAAGAAGUUUCCUUCACACAGGUUCAUUGCGGAAGAGGCUGCGGCCGCCGGGGCCAAGUGCGUGCUCACCCCAAGUCCCACCUGGAUCGUCGACCCCAUUGAUGGCACCUGCAACUUUGUGCACAGAUUUCCAACGGUGGCAGUAAGCAUCGGAUUUGCUGUAAACCAAGAGCUUGAAUUUGGAGUGAUUUACCACUGCACAGAGGAGCGGCUGUACACUGGCCGGAGAGGCCGGGGUGCCUUCUGCAACGGCCAGCGGCUCCAGGUCUCCGGGGAGACAGAUCUUUCAAAGGCCUUGGUUCUAACAGAAAUUGGUCCCAAACGUGACCCUGCUACUCUGAAACUGUUCCUGAGCAACAUGGAGAGGUUACUCCACGCCAAAGCUCAUGGGGUCCGAGUAAUCGGGAGCUCCACAUUGGCUCUCUGCCACUUAGCCUCGGGGGCCGCAGAUGCCUAUUACCAGUUUGGCCUGCACUGCUGGGACCUGGCCGCCGCCACCGUCAUCAUCAGAGAAGCGGGGGGCAUCGUGAUGGACACCUCAGGCGGACCUCUCGACCUCAUGUCUUGCAGAGUGGUUGCUGCAGGCACCCGAGAAAUGGCGACACUCAUAGCUCAGGCCUUACAAACGAUUAACUAUGGGCGGGAUGAUGAGAAGUGAAAGGGAACAGAGGACAAAGAGAAAUGCCACCCAAGAACUGGUUCUUCCUGGGAAUGCUGAAGCUGGCAGCCGAUCCCCUGGGGAAGAAGUUGCCUUGAGCAGGCUGCACUCAUGUCAAGUGUCUCCUGCAUUCCUAACCAUCCCAAAGGGAGGUGUUCUGCUAAAGCAUGUGACUCUGGUUAAAUCCAUGUCUUUCACUGGGAUUUGGUGUUUAGUUGGUUUCUCUUUUUAAUCUCACAUAGCCUUUUCCAGGUUAGCACAGGUUCUUCAAUCAGGGCCAAAACCCAAAUCUCAUGACAAUUGAUAAUUCAGUCUCAAUUUUUUUUCCAGAAUGCAAAUCUCAGGUAAUAAGGCUUUAGAACUGCUGAUAAAGCAGACUUGUUCUCAGGCCCUCCCCCAUGGUACUUCAGAAUGUAAUAAAUCAAAAUAAUGGCGCUCUGCUGAUCUGUUUCCCUCCAUAAGUAUGUCACCUGUUUCCCCAAACAACACCCAAAAUCCACAGCUGUAGAUGGCGUUUAAGACUCUAAUGAUGACUGUUAGGAGGAUAAUACCUAGAGACAGAGUAUUUUCCUUAGCCAAGGCUAAAGAAACCAGUUAGUAUCAAAUAAAUCAAAGAAUGCACCUGAUGAGGUAUCAAUCUGUUUUAGCCAAGUAGCUUGUUCAUUGAUUUCUUAUAUUUGAGUUUCCAUAAUACAAGAGCUGAUCCAGGUAGACUCCUCCUUGUUCAGGCAACAAGUAAUCUAAAGCAAUUCUAUGAUAUAAAACCACCUUAGCAACAGAGCCUAGGGACUUUUGUUGUACAGCUGUGGCCUUAGCAAUACACUCAGGAAUGGUUGCCAGAGUUAAGGAUAAGAUUCUGAUAACAUAGUCAUUUGUACUAACUCAAAGCCAAGGAAGAAGGGACUGUCCAGAUAACACCAUCCAGAGGGGUUAGCAUUCUGCUGAUAAACUUCUCUUUGGUUGGUAGUAUAAAUUCAGAGGAGUGGGCCCAUGCUGAGUUUCUGAGGUAUUAUGAAGAGACAACGAAUGGAAUAGUAAAUACAGCAAGAGCACAUUGUUCUUUCAUUUUGCAGCUGUCAAGACAAUGAGUUGCUGAAGAAUAGAGACCAUUGCCAAAACCUUCACAUAUAAAGGAGUAGCCAGGGGGUGUAUAUAUGGCUCCCUCAUAAGUAUUAGCAUUUAUGGACACAUUGGUUGGUAUAAAGGUUUUAGCAUCAUUUAACGAAGACUAAAAUACUGUAUUAGCACAUAUUGAAAGACCACCUAAAUAUAUGGACCUGACAGCAAGCCUACAAAUGGUUUGUCUGGUUUACACUGGCUGCUCUGUAGUGCCUUUUAUUUAUAUAUUCAGUAAAUCUCAUUUUCCCAGGGUUGUAUUAAAUUGAGACAAGAAAUAGAGGGUAUUGGGUUUAGUAUUACAACUUUAUGAAAGGGGCCUGUAUAACAAUUUAAGCAUACAGUGGCAUUUGGGAUUCCAGUGAAAUUACUUAUAGGGUGAAUAAAGGGUCUCUCUUCAUAUACUGAUUUUGGUUUAGCGUGACAAAUCCAACGGUUAAGUUUCCUGCAGUAGCUAUUGUUUGUGAAAUCCUAAUUGUAGUGUCAUCUUCCCAGGCAUUAAUAGAGAGAAAAAGCAGAUAGCAAAUAGACAGAAGGGAUAAAGAGUUUAUAUUGGAGAUGAAGAUCUUCAUCCGUCAUCUUGGAAGAACUGUCCAAGAUAUCUUCUGCUUCUGGGGAGGAACUUCCAUGGUCAGUUUUAACUUUAGAUCUCUGCUGGUAUGCAGUUCAAGAGUCUGGAGGAGCCCUUUUCAAUUGGGAGCUGUGGACCCAAGGUUCAAGUCUCUGAAGUUUGGUUGCCAUCUGGGUAGUGAGGAGAACGUGAUAUUUUUCAUUCCAGUGAGAUUCAAGGGCAAUGUUUCUUAGGUGUUGUUUCUAGAAGACCCGCUCUCCAGGUUCUAAGUUGUGGAAAGUUCAAUCUUCUGUAGGAGGAUCAUGGAAAAUUUCCUAUACCUGAAUACUCUUUGGCAUAAUGCAUUAAAGCUUUACAAUACUGAGUCAUCGGAAUUUAUAAGUACAGGAGACACAUAUGGUCCUAUCAUCAAAGGCAUAGUUCUUCCUGUUCGUAAGGUGUUAAUUUAUGCUUUCCCAUGGGUGUUGAUCCAAUUGCCAUCAAAACCAAUGGUAGAAUUUUUGGCAAGGGCAGUCCAGUUGAUUCUGUUAAUCUAGCCAGCUUUAGUUUUAAGUUACCAUUUGUCUGUUUGACUUUACCAGAUGACUGAGGACAGUAAGAAGAAUGGUAAUGCCAUUGUAUCAGCAGCACCUUAUUUAAUUGUUUAAUUAUUUGUCUGCAAAUGAGUUCCCCCUAUCACUGGAGAUUUCUCCAGGGAUACCCCAUAAAGUAAAUAUAUUUUCUACAAGUUUCUUAGCCAUGAUUUUGGCAUCAGCCUUUCUGCAUGGGAAAGCUUCAAUUCAUCCUGAGAACAAUUACAGGAACAUACUGACAACCUAUUACAGAGGCAAUUGAAUGAAAUCCACUUGUAAGUGUUCACAUGGUCUCGUAGGUGGCGGGAAUGAUCUAAUACCUAAUAGUCUUUCCAGGGUUACGGGUUUGACGAAUCAGAUGUUGGUUAUAAACCAGUUUUUUAAGCCUGGAGUAGUCACUCCACCAAUACCUUUUCAUAAUUUUGAUCAUUUUAUCUGUGCCAUGAUGAGUUGCAGAAUAUAGAGCUUUUGGUAAUGGCACUUUUAAGGACUUAGGAAGAACCAGGAGGCCAUUUGGGCCUUCAGUGAGUCCUCAUUUAAUAUUAAAUUUGUACCCUUGUUGGCCCCAACAUUGUUGUUUCAGCUCGGGUGCCUGAUUUUGUCUUAUAUAUACAUUAGAAAUAAUUUGGCUAGAAACAAUCUUAUGGAAUUCAUUCAAGUUGCAUAUUGGGACAAUUUUAGUGCUGGCUGACUUACCAUGGAAGUUUGUUAAAACAUGUCCUUGAUACGCAGGUUCUGUUUUUCUAGUUAAAAUUAAAUGAGCUUUAAUUUUAAUAAUUGCAAUUCAGUUAGGCAAUAGAAUGGCAGAGAGCAAUUAAUUUACUUGGAGUCCAUUUUUUAUUGGGUUUCCACUAGAAGUGAGGAACUCUCUGUUUCCAUAACAUACCAAAGUCAUGGACCACCCCAAAGGCUUAUCUGCUGUUUGUGUAAAUGCUUACUGAUUUUCCUUUGGAUAGCUGACAAGCCUAAGUGAGUGUGUGCAGUUCUGCUGGUUAAGCAGAUUUAACUUGGGGAAGAGAUCCCCUUUCCAAUAGCUGAGUUGUUACAACAUACCCUGCUUGAUAUUUUCCUGUUGCAUUCUUAGCAUAGGACCCAUCAACGAAGCGUAUCAAGCCUGGGUUGUCUAAUGGUAUGUCCUGUAAGUCGAUGUGAGGGGACAAUAACUGACACCGUAUCUACACAGUUAUGGUGGUCAUGGUGCCAUUGUCAGGUAAGAGUAGUAAGGUAGCAGGGUUAAGCAAGUUGUGGCACUUAAGACAGAGGUUAAAGGUGAAAGGAGCAGGGUCUCAUAAGAUGUUAGUCUACUUGCUGAGAAAUGUUGAGUCUGAUCACUUUAAUAGGCUCUCAACAGUAUGAAGUACUUGUUAGUACAAGUCCUAUCCUAAUACCAACUCAGCUGAGGCUUCCAUCAAUUUAGCUGCUAUGGCUACUGCUUUCAAACAGUUUGGAUAUGCUCUGGCUACUAAGUCUGAUUAUGAGCUACAGUAAUAGGUCUGUGUUUUCCUCC